AUGUAUGUGAAAUGGUUUGGUACAGUAAUGUUUUACUAUGUGAUUUUAGUGAUUUUUGUGAAUGUCACUUUUUGUCAUUUUCAAAUUUCCCGCCGUUCCGUCCCCCGUACGUCCCGACGCUCGCAGAGGACGGAACCCAGAUGACAGAUGCCGGCAUCCGCUGGAUUACAUUGCCCCAGGGACAUCACGGGAGCGCAGGACAAGGUAAGUGACCGAGGGAUCGCGGAGCAGCACCGUAUGGUAAGCCCGAGUGUAGCUCGGGGGUUACCGCUUGUGCUACACUCGGGAAUACCGCCAGGGAG